AUGGCAAAUCAGCUGAGUUUGGCGAGGUUUGCCUUCAACAUAUAUGGUUCCUUGAACCAGACAGAACUGCCCCGCCAGAAAACUCCGGAACUGCUGAAACUGAGACUGCUGAAGAAGUUCACCUACUCGUGUGAAAAAGAGAUCACCUGUGUUUCCCAGCUUCGGCAUCCCUUGGGUCGUAUAAAUACAUCAUACUAUGAUGCCUCAUCACCUGUCCCUUCUCACCAUGUGGUCAUUGGAGGAAAGAACUACCUUAAGUUGUUAGCACUUAGCUCUGACCAGAGUCAGGUCAUAGCAGACGUGAACAUCGUCGAUUCCUCACCACUGAAACGUUUCCAUACUUCUCCUAGACUUUUCAAUGUUAAUACAAUCAAGUGUAAUGGAGAUAUGGUGGCGUGUGGGUUGACUGACGGUACUGUGAGUAUCUUCCAGGUCUCAGCAGCUGGAAAGGCUAAGUUGGCUCAUAAGUUUAGUGACCAUAAACGUGUUAUCAAUUCUAUGGACUUCGUCGAGCUGGACCAAAUUUUGCUUUCUGGUUCCCAGGAUGGUACAGUCAAAUUAUGGGAUUUAAGAACGUUCAACCAAAAGCCUGUUCUCAAGCUUCGGGCUUCUCAGCAUUCAGAUCCCGUCAGAGCAUGUCAGUAUUCUCCGUUUUCAAGAUCUCGAAGCCGAAUGACAGUGCUAUCAGUACAUGACUCGGGUGCACUCUGUAAAUUUGACUUUCGUUACCCAGGCAACAGCUCUCUGGCGGCACUUCCUGAGCGUAAAUGGACUUUUCACACUGGACCAGCUCUCUCGCUACAUAUUCAUCCAGAGCGUGAAUACGUUUUAACAGGUGGAAGAGAUCGUAAAAUUUGCCUUUGGGACUAUGAGGACUCUACAGCUCAUCACUCGGUAUCUCCAAAGGUCACCAUGAACGCAUAUGGACCUGUAAUGAAAAUUCGAUGGUCUGAAAUCGCCAAUAGUGAAUCCAGUCAUGCUAACUCAUCCAUCAGCUCACGGCACAACCUGCUUGAUUUCACGGAUGAGUACUCAUCCCCCCUGUCAUUGUACAAUUACGACUUUGCAUGUUCUUAUUUGAACGACGAUCCAACUAUAACAGUCUUUAAUUUGGGAAGAAAAUAUAUUCCCAAAGAAGUGAUCACCACUUCUACAAACAAGCCUGUUCAAAACUUUGUCUGGGCGCAUAAUAAUCAAAACGAAAGGAAGAUAUGGACCAUUACAAAAUCUAACGUUUUCGUUUCAUAUAACCUCUCUCGGAACCAAGAAGAUGGACUCAAUAUUUCACGUCCAUUGGAAGAACUUACUAGUGUGGCUACCGCCUGGAGCCCAGGCUACACUAAUAUUUCAUUCACGAAUCAAGACAAGAACGAAUUCCACACGAAUCAAACGGACUCAUCUUCUAUUCACGAAUUCGAUAACCUGGAUGUAUCUGCUCCAUACACGGAUGACAUGAUGCCUAGUGAUGAAGUCUUGGCCGACAGGGAUCUUGAACAUCAGUCAUCAUCGAUAUCACUUGACUCCAAAUACAAAAUGGUAUCAGGUUCUGCAUCAGCCUCGAGCUUCAUUUAUCAAAAGUCUCCAAAGGAUCGGCCCCUGCUUGUUCGCCUGUCAACGUACAAUCCUUCAAGUCAAAUUUUCAAGUCUCCAUCGCCCAAUCCACUGUCCCAGUUUGGACCGCUUGGGCCACUCACAGAACCAGGCGGAGUACUGGCACCUGGGCAUGGUGCUACUCAUUCCAAUCACUUGUCUAGGCCACCGCUCAUGAGAAACCCCUCUCAAUCCACGCAAGGGUCAGGAUCACUGUCUAUACUACUUCAGCCCCUGUCCUCUGGAGCCUCGGCAUUACAGUCGAAGAAGGCUGGGCAAUCUAACGGAGCUGCGACUCCAUACUUUGUUGCCGUUUGUUUGCCUAUUCCGCUUAAUGACGAGUACGUCUUUGAGUACCUUGCAUAUGAAUACUACCACGUUGUCCCUGACGGUUCUUCGUUGGCAUUUGUGUGUCAAAUGAACGCACAAGCUGCCGCCUCAGUCCAAAGAAAUAGAGACUGUCAAGUAUGGCGAAUGCUAGCGACCGCUAUUGAACAAAGUUCAGCUUCGCUUAAUUUGCAAGUUGCAAAGAAUGUGCAGCCUAGUGUCAUUCCAGAUGAAGAGCCACAAAGUGAUGAAAUUGAAAAGUCCCCAGAGGAAGGAGCCUCCAUCAAUUCUGAUUUGGGAAACAUUUGUGGGUCUUAUGAUCUGAAUUCUACGCUGACUACGAACUACAGAAGAAGUGAGAGUGGAGCGUCAGUUCACAAUAUGGCAAUUCUUAGUUCGUCGAAAGAAAGCACAUCAGAUUUUGCAAAGCCAACCGAGCAAAGUAAGACCGAGAAGACAAAGGCGACCAAAGAGAAAACCUCUCCAGGUGAGAAUGAUGAUAAAGAAGAAACUAGCGAAAGUCUUCCUAGAGCAAAGACGACACUGAAUAUUCCUGCUAUUGACAUAAAGGGCAAAGCAUUGCAGCCUCGAAGACUGGCCUCUUCUGAUGCAUUGAACCUGCUGUUAUCCCGGUCGAAGGAUCUUGGAAAGAAGUCCAGUUACGGUGCCCUUAAUUCGGGUAACUCGCCUCGUCCUGGCGGUCUUAGUGCCGAUGUGGAUGAAGAAAAUCUUCACGUCUUCAGCGCAGCUUCGUAUAGUUCGUCAGGUUAUCAAGCAUCAGAGAGCAGAUAUGGCAGCAGCGCACAUACUUCCCACUCAAGGGCCAGGCAGUCGUUUUCGUCAUCCAAAGCAUCUCCUGUUAAUCCUCAUUACGGCUUCAAACCACGCAGUUCUGAAGGUUUUAGAGGUAUCAACGCUCAGAUUGCCUCAACUACUUUGGACAAGGUUGAAGAGUCUAGUGUUAAAAGCUCUGACAAGUUGGAGUCUGGACUUACCAAGGCAAUUCAUGAGAGCGAGGUAGCUACGAAAGCGCUUAUUGACGACGAGGAGAGUGACAAACCAUGGAGUUUAGUCAACCUUCUUGCGAAGGCCAUCUCGUUUGCCAGAGACCAAGGCGACCUUGUUAUGUGUUCUACUAUGAUAUUGCUUUUCUAUGGACAACUCAAAUCAUUUGAGGAUAAAAUUAUGAGCAAAAGAGCAUGCUUGGAGUGUCUUGGGCUUUAUGUGGAUUCCCUCAGGCUGAAAGAGCUAUUCACCGAGGCCACCGAUAUUGUCAAAAGCGCUCCUCUUGGUUUGAAAGAAGACCUCAGUGUCUAUGCAAGCAGGGAAGUCGACAUGAGGUUCUUCUGUUGUUGGUGUAAGAAGCUCUUGACCAACGAGAGAACCAAAAGAAUGUAUGUGGAGGAGAACUUCGACAACUGA